GUGCAAAAUACUUACCUCCGACGCACAGAGCAAAGAAGCAUAACGAUUAUUAGUGUACGCCAGCCGCCAGGUCGCCAAGUCGCCAGACCGCCAAACAAACAAACCAAAAAACAACGACGGCCGUAACGAUCUGGCUGUUCCUUUGUUGAUUCCCAAAUUCUUCGGCAGCAGCAUGUGAAAAAGUGUUAUCGACCGCUACCGCGUUGCCCGGUACGGUGUGUCCGAGAAAGAGAAAGAAAGAGGCAGAGAAAGAGCGAGAGCGAGAGCGAGCGAGUGAGAGAGCGAGAGAGCGAGGUGGACAAAAUCUGUUCGGGCGGACAGUUUUUCACCAACCCCAACCAUCCCAGAUUUCCCCGCGCUCUACAAUUUCCUGCUCCUGUAUCCUUUGUUGCGCCUGCCACCCAAGCGCUUGGAAGGGUUGGUCAGGAAGAGUGAAGAGUGUGCAGACGCCCCUCCACCCACUUGCAAUUCGCCGACCAAAGUUGCCCGCUGUUGUUUUAUUUUGCUGUUAGUUUGACCGCUUCGUUCCGUUCGCUGUGCCAUGAGUGUUUCCAAGUCAUGGUCAAAUGGAACCGCAGAGACUGAUGCGCCCCCCCGAGCCAUUGCAGAGGACGGAUCAUUACUGCUGCUAAGCCCGUUCGGCCUACAGCGGUACCACUGCAAAUCCGUGGUCGUGGCACGCUCGUAAUCGUCGCACUGUCGCCUCCCUUUGACCGUGUAUUUAGUGCUGCACUGAGGACACGGCUUUAAAAUCGCAACCGAAAGCGUGCCCCCGGGGUGGGGUUGCAAGAAGAAAAAAGAAAAAAGGAAAAGCAGCAAAACCGCACAGAACGGGGCGCACCCACAAGAGCCAUUCUCUUGAGUAUGUAAACAAGAGUGAGCGUGCUUCCGUACUUUGGCGUGUUGACGUUCAUCAGCACCAAGCAGCACCGAGCAGCAUCAAGCAGCAGCAGUAGCAGUAGCAGUAGCAGCAGCAGUAGAGACACCAGCGACGGAACUUCGCGGAGCAUAAACUAUGUGUUUCCCGGAGAAAAACAGUUACUACUCCGAUACCAAGAACAGAUGGCUUUACACGUCGUUCGCCAUUGAUUGAUUACCAGGAUCAACUCGCGUUUUUCGAUUGCGUAGCCACGCGAUUUUUUUUUGUUUUCUCACGUAACGAUCUGUAUAGUAGCUCUGUGACAAAAUCCCCCUUCAACUUCAUACACCUCCCUGGUCCGACGUGAAACCUCCACUCAGUCUCCUGUUCAGUCGCCACACGCUCUCCUCGUUGUAUCUUAUCCUUACGCACCAUCUGGGUAAGAGCAAAAGAUGAAGAAGUUCACCUUCAAGGGAGUGUUGGACGGGUUUCGGUCCUCGGUCAAUCAACAGACGUCCGUCGGUGGAGCGGCAAAGUCCUGCGUUGAACAGGAAAUCCAGGAAACGUUGCGCCCGGAACACUUUCAACUGAAAAAGACAUUUCGCCAUGGAUUUCCAUUCUCACCCACUGCACUGGCGUUCGACCCGGUGCAAAGGAUUUUGGCUGUUGGCGACAAAUCGGGUUCUAUGCGACUAUUGGGAAAAUUUGGUGUUGAUGCUCACGUGAAACAUGAAGGAGAAUCGGCUUGCGCUGUUAAUUUGAUUGAAUUCUUGGUUAACGAAGGCGCCCUCGUGACCGCCACUGCUGACGAUACUCUUCAUCUAUGGAAUUUCCAUUCGAAAAUACCCAAAGUGGUGCAAAGCCUGAAGUUUCAAAGGGAGCGAAUAACUCGUUUGCAUUUGCCUAUUGGAACCAAGUGGUUGUAUAUUGGAACUGAGAAGGGAAAUACACACAUUGUUCACAUCGAUUCGUUUUCUCUUAGCGGAUACGUUAUCAAUUGGAAUAAAGCGAUCGAUCCAAUCCGUAAGACACAUCCGGGUGCGGUUGUGCAUCUGUCCGAUAAUCCGUUGGAUGCGAACAAGUUACUAAUAGGGUUCGAGUCCGGUCAAUUAGUUCUGUGGGAUAUGCGAGCCAAAUGUGCGGAAUUCCGUUGGUUGUCACAAGAGCCGCUCAGUUCCUGCUCCUGGCAUCACGAAGGCAAACAUUUCAUAACAUCACACACUGACGGUUCUUUAUGUACGUGGCCUUUGAAAAUUUCACCGAAACCCUUAACUCAUCAUUUUCCUCACGCUAAAACGAACAAGGAAGGAAAAACUGAGAGCUGCAAUUCAAUUCAUAAAGUCGAAGUGAAAACGAAUAGAUUAGGAGAUCAAUUUACUAUUUUCUCGGGUGGCUUACCGACGGAAAAGUGUAAUUCGAAGUCACAUUGCAUCACAGUUAUGGUGCAGGGAAAAUCGACAACCGUUUUGGAAAUGGAGCACAGUGUUGUGGACUUUGUGACUAUGUGCGAAAGCCCCUGGGGCAGUGACUUGCAAGAACCAUACGCUGUAGCGGUGCUGCUCCAGAAUGAUUUGGUGCUCAUCGAUUUGCUGACGGCAGGCUAUCCAACCUUCGAAUCGCCUUAUUCGAUGGAUUUACAUGAAUCGCCGAUCACGUGCUGCACCUAUCUUGCCGACUGUCCAUCCGAUCUAGUACCAGCGUUCUACUCGGUUGGUCGCAGUGCAGCGACUAACCGUCGUUCUGGUUACUCUGAGCGUGAGUGGCCGAUCAAUGGCGGUGAAUGGCAGCCUACGUCUUGCAGCUACUCGGAAAUCAUUGUCACCGGUCACCAAGACGGGUCGAUCAAAUUUUGGGACUCUAGCGCAGGCACGUUGCAGGUGUUGUAUAAGCUGAAAACAUCCAAGAUUUUCGAAAAACCUCGAGUGAGAUCGCUGGACCUUAAUGAGGACGAUCCAUUGGCUAUUUCAAUGUUAUCCAUGUGCGCAGAGUCGAGAAAACUUUGUGUUGCUUGCAAUUGCGGUUAUGUGGUUUUAUUCAAGUUCCGGCGCGCGGAAAGUACAGGAGAUAUUGUUGCGUUGGAUAUUCCGUUUACCAUGGAAACAUUGACCGAAUUUGAAGGCAGUCCGGAAUGUGAGUUUAUACCAAAAUCACUGCCAAAAAAUGUUGAUUCAACUGAAAAUGAUAAAAAGAACUGCAGUUUGCUGAAAGUUAAAACAGGACCACAAAGAAAACCGCCAGGGUUUCAGGCUCAGCUUGUAUGUGUUUCUUCGUGGGCUAGCGGUAGCGUGCAGAUUACUGCACUUACCAUCAACUCUAACUAUGGAUUAAUGGCUUACGGCAAUGAGUACGGCUUAACGAUAGUGGACAUAGUGAAGAAGGUGUGCGUCCUAAAUGUGUGUACACAAGAAAUUUACGGCUCAGUGGAUCCAUACUCUAAAACACCGCGAAGUCCGAAGCGUUUGGAAAACAGUCAAUCAAAAGAUGAUUCGCUGCGUUCACCUAGUAUAGAUCAGUUCAGCUACAAAGGUCGAAAGCAGUCCACGGAGGUUGUAGCUUGCCAAAAGGGUGGUGGUGCGCCGGUGUCCGACGCGCUUAAGGCUUUGGCAAUCGCUUCCAAUGACACAAUCAUUGAUGGUAAUAUUAAUGAUAAUGAGAAGGAGGAUGAUGGCCAUGGUAAUGAUAAGGACGAUGAGGAUGAUGAUGAUGAUGAUGAUGAUGAUGAUGAUGAUGAUGAUGAUGGAGGAGAUAGUGCCGUACAACGUAGCGUCGAUGACGGCUCCCAUGAUGUUCCGUCGGACCGCACCGAAAGGCGGCCGCGAUGUAGCGCAAAGCAUAGCAUCCAGAGCAUUGCCCUGCAAGACGAUGUUCUAGUGCUACAAGCGUCCGGCUGCGCACCACCAAAGCCCCCGAGAGCGGCCAAGCUGAGUUCGACGGACACGGUCGUACCUUGCAAAAAGCCGGUGAAGAAAUCAUUCUUAGAAUCGUUAACUUUCUCGAAGUGGGUGCGAAACUACAAUAAAUUGGAUAGCUCUUUCUCGAGAUCUCGUUCAUCUUCUAUGUCAAGCUUAGAAAAUAAUGCAAUGGAGGCUGUGACUUGUUUGGCUUUUGCCGAUAGUUAUGUAAAAAAAAGCGAUCCCUCAAUGGUAUUGCCCACUGCGUGGUUAGGAACAAGUUUAGGAUCGAUCCUAACCAUUUCUCUAUCCGUUCCGGAGAAUGAUCUGAGGAAAGCGAAUGUUGUCCAAGCGGCACCUACAGGGGCCAUGUUCCGCCUAAAAGGGUCUAUCCUUUCGAUGUCUCUAUUGGAUUGCAACGGAGCGUUGAUUCCAUAUGCAUUUGAAACAUGGAGAGAAGAUACAAAAGAUGGAAAAGAGAAACGGGAAAGAACACCAACCAAAACAUCAUCUAACAAGAUGAGCCCUACCAACCCAGAUGGCUUAUGUGAUCGACAAUUUAUUGUCAUAGCAAGUGAGAAGCAGGCCGGUGUGUAUGCACUACCAAGUCAAAACUGCGUAUAUCGGAAGAAACUGGUCGAUUUUGAUUUUAUCGUGAAGGCAGAAAUAAUUAGCAUGAAAGAUAGCGUUUGUCUGAUAUGUUAUGCGUCUAACGGACAUCUUAUGGUUUUUACCUUGCCCAGUUUGAAACCGUUGCUGGAAAUUGAUUUUCUCCCUUUGGCCGAUUUAAGUUUCCAAACCAAAUGUAAACAGGGAGUGGUGGAUCCUAUGCUGUCCAUUUGGGGACAACAACUUAUAGUCAAUGAAGAUUCGAAUGUGAUUUCAAGGACGUUUAGCUUUAGUAACAAAGGCCAUGGAUUGUAUUUAGUCACACCCACCGAAAUCCAGAAGUUUACCGUUUGCCAAGAAUUCAGUCAUCAGUACAACGAUAUGCUUGGCGAUCUAUACGUACCUCACGAAAUGCCAGAAGCACCCAAAGAAAGCUUUUUCAAAGGCCUUUUUGGUGGUGGAAUGCGCAACCUCGAUCGAGAAGAAUUAUUUGGAGAGUCCAGCGGCAAAGCUAACCGUUCGGUAGCGAAACAUAUUCCAGGGCCAAACGCAAGCAUACAGGAUCUUAACUCAAGAACAAGUACCGCAACUUCCGAGAUCAGUAAGGCCCAUCAGCUAAUGCUGGAACGUGGAGAUAAGCUUAGUCAGCUGGAGGAACGUACGGAACGGAUGGCUAAUGAGGCACAGCAAUUCUCCAGCUCAGCUCAUUUGUUAAUGAACAAAUAUAAGGACAAAAAAUGGUACCAAUUAUAAUUCAUUGUUGCGGUGAAUGGUGUUUCAUCUCUCAUGGUUUACCCAUGAAUUAUGAAAGCAAAUGACUGUUUUUUUUUGUUUCGUUUUUCACAUAAUAUCCCUUUGUUAAGCGGACGUAAUCUAGAAUGAAAAACAAAAAAAAAACAAACAGCUUAUAAUGAAAUGAACAUGUUACAAACCAGUGGAUGAAAAUAACAAACCAACAAAAUAAGCGCAAGUAACUAGCAUUCGGUUUACUCGUUGAAAUUUUUUAGGAUGUUACAUUAAAACUAUUAAAUAUGAUGUUGCAUUGAAUUAUUUUUCGAUGAAAUAAUGAAAGGACAAACUCAUUACUCAGUAAUAUAAUGAAAGUGUUUGCCAGGUAGUUUUCGGAUCACAAGUGGUGUCAGGUAACAGAAUAAGAAAAAUAUUGUGCGUUGCGUAUCAUUGUAAAUACAACAUUUUGAUAUGACGUGUACUGUACAUAUGUUGAAAAUAAAUAGCUAUUAUUGAA